UUUUGCAAAAUUGGCUCUCCCAUCUAAUGUAUGUAUUGUAGUAGACCAUUCCUUAUUGUAUUGCUUUCUAGUCAAGAAGAAGAAGAAAACUUAUUUUUAAUGUUUUGUUUUGCUACAAUUCUUAAUAUCAACUGUUCAAAAUUUACGAUAUUCGAUAUCCUAUCGAAUAUUUAAUAAUAAAUAUGUUUUGUAAACGAAUGCCAAAUAGUAAGGAAAGACGUAUACGCCUUCUAGAUGAUCAGCAUCUUGCUGACUGCGAGUUUCUUGUUGGGGAUUCACAAUUUGAGGAGCCACGACGCUUUCGCUGCCAUAAAAUGAUUUUAGCUUCUGCCUCCGAAGUUUUCGAACGAAUGUUUUAUAGUGAAUUCAAUGGAGAUGGACCAGUCCGUAUAACAGAAGUAGAUCCCAAGAGUUUUGAACGUUUCUUACGCUACGUUUAUAUAUAUGAAAUAGAAACAGAACGAUUUCUGUCUUUGAAAGAGUUGGGCGAAUUAUUUUACUUAGCAGACAAGUACAUGAUGCAAGAUUUAACUGAUGAAUUAGUAGAACACUUGAGACGCAAGCACAACUGGACAAUAGGAGACGUGUGGCCAAUGUAUGAUUUGGCGUGUCUUCAUGAAAACUUACCGUUAUUAUUGUUAUGUUAUGAGGAAAUUACUAAAUACGUCGAAAGGCUUUUGUCUGUUGAGUCCUUCUACAAAUUGAAUGUCAACCAUCUUAAGAGGCUGGUGAUACUCAUUUCACAACAGCCACAUAUAUCAACAAAAUUAAUUCUACAUAAACUUGAGGAAUAUGGUCGACGAAAUAAGUUAAAUGACAAUCGUGAAUCAGAACAGUUUUUAAAAUUAGUGGAAGCCGCAUGCCUUUUGGAUCUCAACAAACUAUCAAAAGCAGAUUUCGAUUCGGGUCCUGCAAAAUCAUAUUUGUUUAACAAAAAAGAACCAAAUUAAUAAGUUAAUUUAAAAUAACAUUUAGCGGUUCUUCUCAUGUUACAUAAUUUCAUAAUAUGUAUGUGUUUUGUUAUUAGUAGUAAAUAUUAUAGAGUAUAUAUAACACAAUAAGUAUGUAAGAAGGCUUUCAAUAUAAACUCUAUUAAAAUAAAUUUAAAUGAUCCUUAUUGAAAAUAGCAAAGCCAAAUUAGCCACUUCAGGUCUGCGAAAAUAAUGAAUCAACUUAUUUUAAAGCAACAAAUCCGAAGUGAGAACUGAUAUACGAUUCGCCCAGUGAGUUGUGGAUAUUAUUUAAUAUAUUUAUUAUCAUGAUUUAUCAUAUCUUUUACAGUUUUAUAAUAAAAAAUCUACACAGUGUGAAUUCAUAUUUACAGAUCAAUGGCGUGGAUGCUGUUAGCACCCACAUUUGGAGUAGCUAGCCCAUAUACAGAUAGUUCUAAAUUCAAUUUUAUAUAUGUAGGUCGCAUUGUCGUUGGCUAAAUUUGCAAACUUAAUAUUUAAAAUAAAGUAUUGUGUAAAAAGUAUAUAAGAGCAACAAAUCGGGAUGUUUCAA